AUGGCCGACAAGCGUGCUGAAUCAGUGAACAGUGACUCAGACAGUACUGAAGAUGUAGUUGGCAAUGUUAAUAAAUUUGCUGUGGUACCGUCAGGCUAUUCUGGGAAACCUAAAAAAGGACAUCUUAUAUUUGAUGCCUGUUUUGAAUGUGGUAAUUUAGGCAGAGUAGAUUAUAUUUCUGAUUUAGAAUAUGAUUUAUUUAUUAGACCUGAUACAUGUAAUCCUAGAUUUCGAGUCUGGUUCAAUUUUACAGUAGAAAAUGUUAAAACAGAUCAGAGAGUUAUAUUCAAUAUUGUUAACUUCAGUAAAACUAAGUCAUUAUACAGAGAAGGGAUGACCCCUUUAGUAAAAACUACAAGUCGACCAAAAUGGAGUCGAAUUCCAACAAAAAAUGUGUAUUACUAUCGUUGUCCUGAUCAUCGAAAGAACUACGUCAUGUCAUUUGCAUUUUGUUUUGAUCGAGAAGAUGAGGUCUAUCAAUUUUCAUAUUCUUACCCUUAUUCGUACUCACGUCUACAGAAUUAUCUUGAUAAUUUAGAGAAGAAAAAUUACGAUUUCUUCAAUCGGGAACUAUUGGCAUUAACUGUGCAACAGAGAAGAUUAGAUCUACUCACCAUUACUCAUCCUAAAAAUCUUAAAAAAGAUGAUAAUAAUGGUGAAAAACAGCGAUUAGUAUUUAUUACAGCUCGAGUUCAUCCUGGUGAAACACCUUCAUCUUAUGUAUGUCAAGGUAUUACAGAUUUUCUGGUCAGUAAUCAUCCUAUAGCUAAAGUAUUACGUGAACAUUUAGUUUUUAAAAUCAUACCUAUGUUGAACCCUGAUGGAGUAUAUUUAGGAAAUUAUAGGUGUUCUCUAAUGGGUUUUGAUUUAAAUCGGCAUUGGCAGGAACCGUCUCCAUGGGCUCAUCCUACACUUUAUUCAGCUAAAAAUCUUCUAAUGGGACUUGAUAGAGAUCCAUUGGUCCAAGUAGUUGUGGCCUUGUUCCAUAGUUUAAAUUUAGAGUUCUACAUUGAUAUACAUGCUCACUCAACGCUAAUGAAUGGGUUUAUGUACGGUAAUGUGUAUGAAGACCUGGAAAGACUUGAAAGACAUUCUAUAUUUCCUAAAUUGUUAUGUGGUAAUGCUGAAGACUUCUCAAUGACCAACACUAAUUUUAAUAGAGAUGCUGUUAAAGCUGGUACAGGUCGUAGGACAUUGGGAGGUUGUUUAGAUGAUUCUGCCCAUUGUUAUACGUUAGAAGUUUCCUUCUUUAGUUAUCAAACUAAUUCAUCAAGCCAAGCUACACCUUAUACUGAAGAAGGCUGUAUCCUUUUUGAAGCCAGCAAUGAUAUGAAACUGGGUAGAAAUGUAGCCAGGACGUUUUUAGAUUAUUAUAAGAUGACUGGUUUAAUAAGUACUAAGCCUAGUAGUAGUAUAGUACCAAAAGCCAUGUAUGGUAGAUCACGAGAUCGGACAGAUCCUAUCAACGAUAGUAAAAUUACCUAUGACGAUCGCUACUUUUCAAGAUCGGAACAUGGAGAUGAAAUGCAGCGUUCUGGCAACUGUUAUAAUCUGAACUCAACUAACUCAUUAACUAGUGUACCCUCGUACAGAAUUCAACAUCGUGAUAGAGACAAUCAACGUGAUAGAUAUUAG